AAGGGGAAAAGAAAAACAAUUCCCUCGUCGAGAUUGGCGGUUGAAAAAGCAAAGAAGCGUCAAAAUUACCCACAAAUUCUGAUUCGAUUUACAUGACGAUUUCCGACAAAAACCAGACCAAUUCUAGGGUUUCCAAUUUCCACAGAUUUUCACCCCCAAUUCAACAUCCUGUCUUUUAGUUCUUCUCUCUCCUAAUUGUUCAUCGGCAGACUUCAACGAUGAGUAUGACUCAGUUUGCAAUGCAUCAUUUUUAUGGUGCUUUUACUUGCAGGUCGAGGAACUUGGUUCCCUCAUAAAGGAUAACUAUUCUAGCAGGCAUCUUGUCCUGGCAGUUGAAGAUGCCUUGGUGAAUUACCUUCAGGAUGGUCCGAGUCCAGGUAGAAUCCUUGAGCUGGAACCCAUGAGUUCAUAUAACCGCCUAAUGAUCCAUCGUCUUGCUGACAUUUUUGGAUUUGCUCAUGAAUCCGUCGGCGAGGGAAAUGAUCGUCACUUGGUUUUGCAACAAUGCUUGGAGACAUCAAUACCUCCGAUACUUGUUAGUGAUAUUCUCUGGCAGUAUGAUGCAUCUGACUGUCCAUCAUUGCCCUACCAACUAUUGAGAAGAGAUGAUGCAUGCACCGUGUUGAAGAUGAACAUAACCUCCUCCCCAAAUUUUGUUGAGAGAGAAGCAGCUUAUCUAGCUGCACGUGAACGCAUAUUUGGUAUGAACGAAGUUGAUGCAAAAGAAGCUGCAAUACAACGGCCAAGAAAUGUUCCUGUUGUUGCCCGUCGCAUGAUUGCCCAUGCACUCGGCCAAAGAAUUAAUCACUGCAGUCAGGACCAAGGUGAUGAUGAUGUUGGACAUUCUAAUGGGCAGUCUGUUGUGGAUGACAUUGAAAGAAGGAUCAAAUAUGAUUUAGAUUUGCAUCAAGAAACCUCAUCCGACUUCAAUGUUUCCCCUGACAAAAAUGUCAAAUGCAUUAAUGCAGAAGGUGAUUGUUUGCCUGCUGCUCAAGAAAAUUUAUUGCGGAAGGCAUCAGACAGAAAUUCUUCUGGUGGUGGUCCUAGACCUAGUGGAAUCCCUAAACUAAGCAUGAGAGAGGAAAACAUGGGAGCUGCAAAAAGGAUGUUUGCUCAUGCCCUGGGUAUACCAGCUUCAAAAGAAGGCGUCUCUCGCGGAAAAUGAAAGUAAAACUUAGUAAGAAGCAAAAGUUGACGAAUAUUAAUAUUAUCAAGAGGUAUCUGCACUCUCCUGUGCCUUUUUCUGCUGCUGUAAGGUUCAAGAAGCUAAAAGAGCUCAAAUUCAGAAAAGCUAUACUGUUAUGGCUUAUUGUUGCAUGCUCGAGGUACUGGUGAUUUCUUUCUUUCCUGAUGCGAAGCUAAAGAGACGGGCCUGGAGGCCCUGGAUAUAAAAAUGGCUGUUUAUGGGGAGCUUAAGCUUUUGUGUCAGCCUCAAGAAUGAUUUGUUUAGGUCAAUAUUCUUUGUUUGCAUCACGAGCUGCAAAACUGAACUGGACCUCUGGCUAAUACGUGUAAUGAUCUUUGUCCAGUGUAUUCAGAUGGAAGCAAUAUUUGUUUAAUCCACCCGGUUGGGUAAAUUCACACUAGUCCCAGGGUUCUUAUUGAUGGUUAACAAAUGGGAUGAAGUGAAGAGGCUCUUACUGGAUUUCUUAGAUAUUUCAGAUGUUGCCAAAUAAUGGCUGCUGUAGUGCUGUAUUAAGAAGGAAUAUUUCAGAUGUUGGUUAAUACCAAAGACAUUAUAAGAAUGAAUGUUCAUGAUGUUAUCAUUUAUACUAUUUAUGUAUUUUGAAGUAAUUUCUAA